ACAGUGUGUCAAGAUCACUUGAUCUCGUCUGUGCCUUCACCUCGAACGCGUCGAGGAGCGAUUGUUGCUUCUUUUUCCACCAGGCAGCAGGAGAGAGGCGAGCUCUCGAGCUACAAAGCAGAGAAUUUCAACGAACCGGCCAGGAACAGAAGCCACGAGAGAGGAGGACCUUCCGCAGAAGCAGAGAAGAGGAGGCGCUGUGUAGUACAGGCGUUUCUUCGAGAGGGCAAUCGAGUGUCGCGAAAUCGAUAGCCGGCAUUUGUGUGCAGCGACGGAUGUGAUCUCGUUACCCUCUGCGAAACCGAUCGAAACCGCGAACCGGAAGGUCAUGGUGUCUGGUUUACGCGCGAUCAGAGCCUCGCAACGUUUGACGAGCUUUUUGGCCUGGAAUUCGUGACGUCACCGGAACAAGUGAUAGUUGACUCGCGAGGUGAAUUUCCUGGCACCGGAAGAGGUGACAAGUUUCAUGUGACACUUUCGUGACGAGUAGAAUUUUCUCUCCGUUCCGCGAGGAAGAACCGCUUUCAACAUUUGAGGAUGCAGCCAGGGGUGACAGUGGUUCUGGCCACGAUCUGGCUAGCGUUGUACGCGAACGUGGUGGGGACAGCCAGCCUCCAUCCCUCCCGCCUUACCCUCGAUCAAUACACCCCUUUAGCCACACACCACCGGCAGCAUGGAGUUUAUCGAAGAGUUGAGGGCCAACUGGACUGGAAGGAUCAGAAUCCUGCCGAGAAUCAGCCGUUCGACCUUUCGAUCGUCCCGCGAAGGUCGAUCACGACGAGCGCCACCGGUUCCCAGGAAGAAUCCUUCAAAGGCAAGUACCUUGAAAAGGACUCGAUGCUCCGUCGGUCAGGGAACAACGCCGGCGACGAUUUUUCACCUUUAGUCGAAGAUAAGCAGUUCAGUAAUUCUGUCGGAGAAGGAUUCGCAGAGGAGAAAAGCGACGGCAGAGGUACAAAGGGUCAAAAAUCAGUGUCGCGUGAGCUGCUUCCACCAUCCGAAUUGGAGAACCCUCCUGUAGCCGACGGUACGUUCCAAGAUCAAGGACCAAGCUCCGUAGAAAUAUACAAAUUGGACCCGCACCAAGAAAAGUCUCCGCUAAGCCCGACGCCUAUCACGAGAAUCAUGUCGAAGAGCAAAAGCAAGACGUACAAGAAGACCAACCAUUUGUACUCGAAAGGCAAGACGACGGAAUACAAAGUUAACAGCCCGAAAAUGUUCCACAAACAAUCUAACUCGUUCGACGACUUUGGCACAGAGAUUCUCUCGAACCAUGACCCGUUCAGUAUAGGCGGAGUGCCUGAAUUACAGGUGGGUUGCGAGGGAUUGGAGGCGUCUGAUCAAAACAAAGAGAAGAGGUCGAUAGCCUCCCUCGUCAGAGAUAAGAAUUCAAAGGAGGCAGAGCCAUGGGUGGCUGUAACUCCGAUAUCCUUGGACCUCGACUACGAGCUUUCCGGCGAAGAAGGCUACGAGGAGAUGGAUGAACUGUUCAAGUUGAAGAAAUUAGAGACCACUACGAAAGGGCUGAAGCAGAAUAGGGGUGAUAUGGAGGCGAUUCUUCACUCAAACUUCUUUGACGACAAAAGGCGCACGGACAAAUUACCUGUCCGCGGGGACUUGGGCAAGUCUAGCGUGAACAACGAGUCAACUGUUCUGCCGGUGACAUUCGACCACGGUAAUCAGGAGGCACAAGAAAAGGCAACCAGCGGGGCUUUGCAUUUUGAUAAAGGGAAGCAAGGCCUUCGCAGCGAGGCGAAAUCUGCCGAUAGUUCUGCAACGGGAACUAAUCAGCGUCGGAAGAUGUUAUGGUUCGACGAUUCCGACGUCGCCGUGCAACCGGAGAAUGAAAGACGCCGCAAACGUGGAAUUUGGGGCUUCGCGGAAGAUGAAGGUGUGGUGUCGAGCGACGAGCUGCAAACAGCGAACAGUAGACGAAGGCAGGACUACGAGAGAAGGAGGGAGGAGGAGGAGGAGGAAAGGAGACGACAGGAAGAAGCAAAGAGACGGCAGAAGGAAGCACAGAGACGAAGUUACUAUCAGAAUCGAACUAAUUCCGACAUAGAAGCGAUCAAGGACGAGUACGAAAAAUUUCUGGAACAGAAGCAGAGGCAAGAAGAGGAAAGACAACGGCGAUUACAGCAGAUGACACAAAGAUCGGCGCCGAACAGGUGGCAGCAGGAGGAAGAACAGAGACGACGUUUGGAAGAAGAUAUAGCAAGAAGAAAUCAAUGGCUGAACGAAGAACGCAGGAGACAAGAGUUAGAAGCAAGUCGAAGGACGGUUAAACCACAGACGUCCUUCCUCCAAGAGGCGGAAGAAAAACAGCGAAGGCUCAGACAAGAAGAAGAAAGACGUAGAAGACAGCUGGAGGCGAGAAGAAGAGAGUGGAUGUUGAAGAUAAGGCAACAGGAGGAAGCAGAGAGAAAACGUCAACAGCAAAGUAGGAACGAACCUUCCAAUUUAUUGAAUCCCACGCGAGCUGCGCCGAGUGCAAGUAGACCUUACGACGCAGAAACAGAGAAGCGAGUAAGAGAGCAGCAAGAAAGAGAACGUCUGCGAGAAGUGAACGAGUACAUCCAGAGUAAUCAGCCGAUCAACGUGAAUAGUCCCGCAGAUCGGCAAAGGGAAGAAGCGAAUAGAAGGAGGCAAGAGGAGGAACGCAAGUUGCAAGAGUAUGUUCGACGAAAUCAGCCGGUGCGUUUACCGAAAGAGAACGAUAGAAAUUGGCAGGAGUACAUAAGGAGAUUAGACGAAGCGAGACAGUAUAAUCGGUCAAGUUAUCCGGGACCAGGAAACGGAAGAAGAAACCAUGGUCCGUCAGCCCCGACGAAUAUCGACCCGCGGAACUAUGUGGACGAGAACAGAAGAAGAGAAGCUGCGAGGAGAAUUGAGGAAGAAAGGAUCAGCGAACAACAAAGACAGCAGCAGGAACAGCUACGGAGAGAAGUUCUAAGGCGAGAAGAAGAGGCUAGAAAGCUGCAGUCGAGAAGAUACGAGGAGGAAAGAAAGAGGCUAGAAGCGACGAGGUUAGAAGAAGAAAGAAGAGCGAAAGAACUAUUAGAGGAGGAAGCUAGAAGAAGUCAGGCUGGAAGGACGAGACCAUUGGAGAAUAUCAGACCGAGCUACGAGGAUCGUAGACGAUUCGAGGAGCACAGAAGGAGACAUGACACGAGUCUUAUUCCAGGCAAUUUAUAUUUGAACGAGUCCAGGAGGGCCAUGGAACUUCAGAAACAAAGACUGGAGCAAGAGAGAAGAAGGCUGGAGGCUGAAAGGCGAUGGCAGGGGAAUAGCGGCAGAGCGAAGGAGGCAAGGCUGAACGAGCAUAACAGUAGAGCAAUGGAAGAGCAACGGAGACGACAGGAAGAGGCCAGGCUGAACGCGUUGCCUGUGAGCGCAAGAAUAAUAGUCCGCCCCGCAGUGUCUUCCGUACCUAAAGUGAUAUCGAGGGCGGACUUCGACACCGAUAUCGGUUUCAUGGGAGUCAAUCCGAAUGGUCCCGGAAUAGAAGUGCCCAACUUCCCAGCCCCGUCUACUCGACGACCACCUGCACAAAGUCCUACACCCUGCGUUUGGGCGGUGAUACAAUGUUGUCCAUCGAGAUCCACUCGUCUGGUGACAUGCUUCGAGACUAUGGGAUGUCCCGGUGUCAAUUGGGACCCUAAUCCUUGCAGAGGUUCCAUCACCCAGGCUGCCAGGGAGCAGCUGGCAAAUUUUUAUGCCGAGAACGAGGACGAACGAGACCGUUAAAAGGAGUGUAUAGAAUGUAGUUGCGUUUUA